AUGUUGGGCUCCGCCCACCCCGCCCAUCGAGCCGUCGCCCUGCGCCGCCCAGCCACCUCCGCCGUCCUCUCCGCUGUUCUCGGCCGGACCACCCUCCCACCGCCAUCGGCCCCUGUCGCGCGCUCCCCCUCUGCUCACCACGCGCCCCCACCAUGCGCGUCUCCGUCCCAGUUUGCCCACCGCGCACCUCCGCUUGGCCGGGGUGAUCGGGGGGGGCCAGGUUUGGACGUAUGCCGGGGGUUGCCCCGCCCGCGCUUGCCGCUCCGCAGCGUCAUCCGCGAAGGAUGGUUGCUCCCCGCGGCUUGGCGCGUAGGCAGCGAGAGCCGGUGGCGGGGCUUGGUGAUGGGCGCACGGGUGGCAGAGUCGCCAGGCGCUGGUGCGCGCGCAGCAGUGAUAGGGGAGAGCAGUGGCGAGGGGGAGGAGAGGUGGCGCGGUGAAGGGGUGGAAGUGGGUGGGGCGGAGAGGGAGGUGGGGGGCGAAGGUGGAGCGAGUGAGCAAGUGGUGUUCGUACGUGCCCCUCGCCCUCUGUCCCUUUGCAUGCCUCAUGCGCCGCUGCAUGCCUCAUGCGCCACUGCAUACCUCAUGCGCCACUGCAUGCCUCAUGCGCCACUGCAUACCUCAUGCGCCACUGCAUGCCUCAUGCGCCACUACAUACCUCAUGCGCCACUGCAUACCUCAUGCGCCACUGCAUACCUCAUGCGCCACUGCAUACCUCAUGCGCCACUGCAUGCCUCAUGCGCCACUGCAUACCUCAUGCGCCACUGCAUACCUAAGCUCGAUCCCCCAGCGCUGCCAGCAGCGUUUGAGGGGGUGCAGCGGUGGGUGGUGUUCUCCGACCUCCACGUGUCGCGCCGCAAUGCAGAGCUGUGCGCCGCGCUGCUCACACACGUGCACCAGCUCGCCAAAGACAGGGCGGCGGGCGUGGUGUGUCUGGGGGACUUCUGGCAUGUGAGGGGGUCGCUGCCAGUGGAGGCACUCAACGCUGUCAUGCACGCCAUGGGACCCGCCGUAUGGACUCAACCCACCCUCAUGAUCCCCGGCAACCACGACCAGGUGUCAGUGGACGGCACGCAGCACGCGCUGGCAGUGCUGGAGCGCAUCAACCCGCACAUCGUGGUGCUCUCACGCCCCACCGUGCUGCUCGCCGCCCUCUGGCUGCCCUUCCGCCACCACGCCCCCCUCCUCUCCGCCGCCAUGCACCAAGCGCUGCACGCCCCCCCGCCCUCCACGCCCCCCAUCCGCGCCGUCUUCAUGCACGCCGACGUGGAGGGCGCGCGGCGCAGCAGCACGGAGGGCGCCAUAACACUUCCAGGGGAGGGGUUGGAUCCGCUGCUGCUGCCACCGGGCGUGCCUUUGUACUCGGGCCACCUGCACCUGCCGCACACCGUGGCCAAGGGCGGUCACAGCGUGGUGUACGUGGGGUCGUGCAUGCAGCACAGCUUUGGCGAGGCGGGGCAGAGCAAGCGCGCCGUGGUGCUGCGGGGCGGCACGUGGGAGCACGUGGAGGACAUCCCUCUGCACGUGGGGCCGCGCCACUUCAUCAUCCCCACCGCUGCUUUAGCCUCGCAGCCGGGUGAAGGUGAAGGGGAGUCGGGGUGGCAGGCGGGCGAGGGGUGGCAGCAGGUGGUGGCGCAACUGCGGGCGGGCGACCUGGUGCGGUGGGAGGUGCCUGGAGGGGCGGCCGCCAAGGACACCAGAGACGCGCUGGCGUGUCUGCGUGCCACAGGCGCGUUGGUGCAGACAGUGGCAUCUCAGGCGCUCUCCCGCCCGCCCCGCAUCCUUGAGGCCGACACUCUGGAGCCCUCACGGGUGUUUGCCAGCUACGCCACUGCCGCCCACCUGCCGCCACCCGUCCUGUCUGCCGCCCAAGACCUGCUCAAGGACUUGGAAGUGCCACCCAGACUCAUGCACAGCACCAGCGCGCACGUGUGCCUGGAUGCGGUGCAUCUGAGUGGCUUCGGCCCCUUCCUCGCGCCCACCACCUACCCCCUCGCUGCACGCGGCAUCGUGCUGCUGUGUGGGCGCAACGAGGUGGCGGGGGGGGCGGCGGGCGACAGCAACGGGGCGGGCAAGACGUCGCUGGCCAUGGCGGCGCUGUGGGCGCUCACGGGCAGCAUGGACGCGCGCCCUGACUCCCGCCAAGGGCUGCGCAUGGCCGAUGUCGUGCACCGCAGUGGCCAGGGGGAGGGGGAGGGCGAAGGGGAGGGGGGUGAGGGGAAGGGGCGCGGGAGGAGGAGGAAGGGGGAGGGCAGUGGAGCUGGAGUGGCGCGGGUGCGGGUGGAGGGGAGGGUGAAUGGCAAGGCGUUUGUGGUGGAGAGGGAGGCGUCCAGGUGGGUGGAGAGGGAGGCGUGCAGGUGGGUGGGGAGGGAGGCGUCCAGGUGGGUGGGGGAGGACGUGGUGCGGUGGUGCUUGGACAAGAGAGAAAAGCGACAAGUGUGUGGAGAGGAGGGGCAAGGCCUGGACUGCAUUCGCCUCACUGCAUCGUCCUCCACACUUAGCCCACUCUCCCUCUCACAACCUCUCCCCUUCUUCCCCCGGCGGUCGGCGUUGAGGUUGGAGGUGGAGGGGCAGGACCAGACAUGCCAGGAGAUCAGACUCACGCAGGAGAGGAUCGACGCCCUCAUGGACACGUCUCUCCUGUCCCGCACCGUCUUCUUCGGACAGCACUCCACCGCAGCGCUGCUUGAAGCCAACGACGCUGACUUCAAGGCGGAGCUGAGUGGGGUGGUGGGCAUGGACGUGUGGGGGGCGGCCAGGGCGCGCAGCAAGGACGCGGUGAGGGCGCUGCAGGCACGCGUGGGGGAGAUGAGGGGCGGCCUGGCGGCGCGCAGGGAGGCCGUCAAGAAGCUGGAGCGCAUGGUGGAAGACGCAGAGGGUGCCUUCAACACCUGGGAAGCGCACAGGGCGGCACGGCAGCAGCGGGUGGGUGUGCAGCAGGUGGGGGCGGAGCAGCAGCUGGCAUCGGCCUCAGUGACUGCAGGGCUGAGAGAGCAGCAGCAGCGGCUGGGGGAGUUUGAGGCGCAUGUGGGGGGGGCGGUGGGGGGAGGGGAGGUGCUGGUGUGUGACAGGUGUCAGCAGCCCAUUGAUCCGCUGCAUGCGGAGGAGUGCAGCAGGCAGCUCAGGGCGGAGGUGGAGGAGACGCAGCGACAGCUGGCAGGCAAGCAGCAGGUGGGUUCUCCUUGGGGGUCCGCACGGGAGGUGUUGCAAGAAGAGCUGGUGGGCGUGAGGGGAUGGCUGGAGGCACGGCAGAGGGAGAGGCGCGAGAGCGAGGAGAGGGACGCGCAGGCGAGGAGGCAGCAGCAGCAGGCGGCUAUGGCACAGCAGGAGGAGCUGAAGGCAGUGCAGCGCUACACAGCAGCGGCCUCGCAGGCCCUCGACUCGCUGCUGCUCUUCCUGCACUGCCACUCCGCCCGCCUGCCCGCCACACCACCACUGCCCCCCGCCUCUACCCCCACCACGGGCCCAGGCGUGGAUGGUGAGGGCGGGGGGGCGUGGCGGCAGGAGGUGGUGGCGGCGGUGAUCCGCGAGGCGGCCACAGCGGUGGCGGAUGCACAGGCGGCGGAGGCGGAGGUGGAGAGGUGGCGGCGGGAGGCGGAGUGCGGGCAGGCAGAGGGCAACCCGCAUGACGGGGAGCGGCGGCGGCUGGUGGAGAUGCUGGGGGAGGCACGGGGGGAGGUGGAGGCGGUGGAGGGGGAGGUGGAUGCGGGGGAGGCGCAGCUGGGCGUGAUGAAGCAAGUGGACGCCGCCUUUGGCCUCGCUGGCGUGCAGAGCUUUGUGUUGGAGGGCGCCCUGUGGGAGCUGGACGCCCAUGUGGCCCGCUACCUCGCUGCACUCUCAGGGGGCGCGCUGCUCCUGCACCUCUCGCCCACCCGCGCCGCCGCCACUGCCACCAAGGCCGCCCGGGGGAAGAAGACAAAGAAGGCCAGUGGGGCGGGGAAGAGCGGGGUGGCGGAUAGCAGCACAGACUCGGAAGCGUCGAGCGACAGUGGGGGAAGUGAAAGGGGAGAGGGGGACGAGGAGGGGGCAGCAGAGGAGGCGGGAAAUGGCAGCGGGGGGGAGGGGCAGGUGUUGGAGAGGAUAGACAAGAGUGUGCGCGUGCGCCUGGCCUCAGGGGAGCUCGUCCCGCGGGCGCUGCGCCAGCUCAGCGGGGGGGAGCGGCGCCGUGUGGCGCUGGCCCUGGCGCUGGCGUUUGCUGAGCUGGCGGCGGAGCGCAGCGGCGUGCGCUACGACCUGCUGGUGCUGGACGAGGUCUUCCAGGCACGCCGCUGCUCCCUUCCGCCACCACUCCCCCUCUUCCUCCCCUCGCCCUCCCUCUGCUCCUUUUCCUGCUCCCCACUUUACUCCUGUUCCACUCUCUUUCGUCCAUGGAUGACGCAACAUUUCCCCGCACACGGGGUACACUCCUACAUGUUUCAUCAACGUUUUUCACUCUCCUGCUCUUUCAUCCUCCCCGGCCAACAGCAUCUGGACGACGAGGGCGUGGCGGCGGUGGCAGCGGUGCUGCGGUCGCUACCGCAGCGCACGGUGGUGGUGGUGUCGCAGGCCAACAGCCGGGAGGCACUCGCAGAGUUUGGCGUGGUGGACUGGGUGGUGAAGCGCAACGACGUGGCCACUGUGGAGCUCGCUCACAUGUAG